CGGCCAGGGGCGGGGCGGGGCGGCGUCGCGUUGCGCGGAGACCGGGGAACAAAGGCCGAUUGUUGGGUGUGAGGGCACCGGGCGGCCGGCACCGCCAUCCCGGCGGCGGAGCCGACCCAGCGGGCGGGAUGGCCGGCAGAGCGGGCCCCGACAUCAAAGUCUGCAACUUCGUGGCGGCCGACAAGCAGUGGACAAACUCAAUCAGAUUGGAGACGGAAGCAGCCAAGAAAUGGGCCAACAGAUGGGGAUUUCUGGUGACCCAGCGCAAUCAGAUUGAGGCUGAGCAGGAGAAACUGAGAAAGAAAUGCAGAAUGCUUACUCCCGAACACCUGAAAGUUCGACCUGCAUCUCCAAUCAGCAAGUACAUCCAGGUGGGACCAUCUCCCGUCGUACCAAAGACGACGCAAGGUUUUAUUGGUUGGAGGUCUGCGGUACCAGAAUUGGAGCUGGAACGAUACGGAAGCCCCCGGCAAGGAAAGUGGAGCUUCCUCCAUCAAAUGAAAUGGCCAGAAGACAGUAUUGACUAACAGUUCCCCAGUGAGAUCAACUGAUCGUCACAAAGAUGCUCAAGACUGCUGGUCUUAACUUUGGCUUCUUGGUUGGCCCCAUGGUUUUAAGGUUGUCUUGUUUGGGAACACCAUUCUUUCCACCAGAUUUAUAAAGGAUUGGAAAUCUAUAAAAGCAUUUUUCCACCAUAUAUUUUUGACUUUUUUUUUUCCUCUGCCUGUCUCCAAGCACUCAGCUCUUCCUGUAAACUCCUCAUAUCGUAGACAAAUGAAUCACUUCCAGCUCCUGGCCAGUAACUGUAAUCCUCACACGAGGAUGUUUAUUCAACUCACUUGAAGGAUGUAAUGCCAGUUGCGGUAGAAUAGAGGAGCACGGAGACUUUUCACAGUCAGUAAGGGCUCUUUAAUUAUUCAGUCCGAUUGACAGUCAAACCCCACUAGAAUUGUUUAAUAGUUCCAUGGUAUUAUGUCACUGAGAAACUGUAGUUCAGCUUUACAAUAAAUUGUUCCUCUACAACA